AUUGGUGGGUCAGUUCUCUACUUCUCUAUAGUAGAGAAACCCUAUUCCACUUGAAAGCCAUAUAGCCUUCUUGCAGGGCUGGUUUAUAAGUGUUGUGCCAUUUAUAAGUCUUAGGGUUUGCCUGAGGUCACUGAGAGAUCACUUGACUUUCCCAGGUUCACUCAACCAGCAUAGACCUGAGGUAGGACUUGCUCCUAGAACUUCCUGGUCCUGAGGCCACACUACACAAUGCUUUCUCUUAGCAGGCACUUAAUAGGUGUUUAUUACAUCGAUGUGACCCAUAAAUAAGUGAUAAAGAGAUUGAAUAUUGAAUAGAAAAUUACCUGUUCUAGUAUCAUCAUUGUGACUUAACCUAAUACCUAACCAAUAGAAAAAUUGGCAUUUCUACCAGAAAUGUCUAUUAAGAAUGUUUUGUGACAUUUCGUAUAUUUAGUUUUUCUUUUAAUCCUUGUAAAUUCUUUUUCAGAAAAAAAAAUUGUUAAGUUUUUGAGGUGAAGAAAAUGCCAAUUCAACUUCAUUUUUGGGGGGAAAAGAAUAGCAAAAAAUAUAUAGUUGGCAACAACAAAAAGGUGAAAUCUAAUGAUAAAUAUUAAGCCAUACACUUAUAGCCAAAAAUCCAGCUGCAUAGGUAUAAGAUGAAGGUGGUGUGGCUAGAUAACAAUUAUAGCCAAGAAGAACCUGGGUGUUUUUAGUGGACUACAAACCCAAUAUAAGUCAGUUAUGUAAUAUGUCAGCCAAAAAAAGUUAAUACAAUUUUAGUUUGCAUUAAUAGGAGCAAAUUAUAUAUGUGUGACAAUGAGACUGCUAGAUUUCUGAUUUACUUUUCUCUGAUCAGACCACAUUUCGAAUAUUGUGUGCAACAUAGGCCAUACAUUUUAGGAAAUGUAGAAAAACAUAAACUGGUACAAUGUUCAGAUGAAGGCAACAUGGAUGGUGAUGGGAAUAGACUAUGCCAUAUGAAGAUUGAUUGGAAGGGAACAUUUGAUGGAUGAAGAAAGGGCAGGAGUCAUGUAUUUGAAAGACAUGUUUGAUCUAGAAGGCAGAACUAGGACCAGUCUGUGAAAGUUACAAGAUUUUAGCUCCAGGGGACUUGAAGCACUUGAUGGCCAUUUGUGCAUGAUGUUGUGGAAUGGAUUCUCCUGUUACAAAAUAUAGGUAUCAUGAUGCAACAUAUGUUGUUUAUACUGGAGAUGAAGAUGUCACUGGUGAACAAAUCCUAGAUAAUGCUUUGAGAAGAUUCAACAUCAAAUUAGUCCAUCCAGUGAAGUUUGUGUUUUUAAAAAAGCGCUACCUUGUAGAAGCAUCCUUCUAUCCUCACUUUACUUUGCUGGGCCAGAGCCUUGGGUCCAUUCUUCUCGGCUGGGAAGCUCUUAAUAACUGUGUGCCUGAUGUUUAUAUUGAUUCCAUGGGUUAUACUUUCACACUUCCACUGUUUAAGUAUUUAGGAGAUUGCAAAGUUGGAUGUUAUGUCCACUAUCCUAUUAUCAGUACUGAUAUGCUCUCUGUUGUGCGAAAUCAAAAUGCUGGAUUUAACAAUGCAACUUUUAUUACAAAAAAUCUUUUUCUUAGUAAAAUGAAGCUCAUUUAUUAUUAUUUAUUUGCUUUGAUUUAUGGAAUGGUUGGCUCUUGCAGUGAUGUUGUCAUGGUCAAUUCUUCCUGGACUUUAAACCAUAUUCUGUCCCUCUGGAAAGUACAAAGUUCUUGUAACACUGUUUAUCCACCCUGUGAUGUACAGACAUUUCUGGACAUUCCAUUACAUGAAAAGACAACGACCUCAGAAGAUGUUCUGGUCUCUGUUGGCCAAUUUAGACCUGAAAAGAACCAUGCUUUGCAGCUCAGGUCCUUUGCAAAGUUGCUGGAAAAGGCUACAAAGCACCCUCUUCCACUUAAACUCAUCCUGAUUGGAGGUUGUCGUAACAAAGAUGAUGAACGUCGGGUGAAUCAACUUAAAAGGCUUUGUGAAGACCUAGGAAUUCAAGAAAAUGUGGAAUUUCAAAUCAAUAUUCCAUUUGAAGAAUUAAAGAACUAUUUGUCUAAAGCAGUAGUUGGCCUUCACACUAUGUGGAAUGAGCAUUUUGGUAUUGGAAUUGUGGAAUGUAUGGCUGCUGGGACAAUUAUUCUGGCUCAUAAUUCAGGAGGUCCAAAGCUGGAUAUUGUUAUACCUUAUGAAGGUAACAAAACUGGGUUCCUGGCAGAGAGGGAAGAAGAUUAUGCUGAAACUAUGGCUCAUAUCCUUUCUAUGUCUCCUGAAGAGAGGUUUCAAAUAAGGAAGAAUGCUCGGCAGUCUGUCAGCAGAUUUUCUGAUCAUGAAUUUGAAGUAGCAUUCCUAUUAUCAGUGGAGAAGUUAUUUAAAUAAUGUUAUAUGACCAAACAUAUGAUUAAAUGCCUUUUUAUGUAAAUAUUUUUCUAAACUUUGAUUCCCUAUUUUAAUAAAAGUUACCCCAAGCAAUGUCCUCA